AAGGAAUUACGUCAGUUUUGCUUUACGGCCGUACCACGGACCUCCUGUUUAAAAAUCGCAGCAUUGUAAUUUGUUUACAAAUUUGCAUCCCCAUAAAGUGCAUUAGGUAUAAUUAAAACGAGAUGGGAGUAGCGGAUGAAACAGACAGGACUCUCUUUGUUGGAAAUUUGGAUCCAAAAGUGACGGAGGAACUUUUAUUCGAGCUAUUUUUACAGGCAGGACCUCUGUUCAAAGUGAAAAUCCCUAAAGACAAUGAUGGAAAACAGAAAGCGUUUGGAUUUGUCUGUUUCAAACAUGAGGUGUCCGUACCCUAUGGCAUGAACCUGCUCAAUGGGGAAACUCUAUUUGGAAGGACUCUCAAAGUACAGUUUAGAGCAGGAAGCAGUCACAUUAACAGUCCAGGGCACUCUCAGAAUCAAAGCCCUGUGAAUACUCCCAAUCCACAUGGGGCUGCGGACAGGUUUGACAAGAGCCCAGACCAGAUGGGCUCCCCAUCAUUUUCACCCUCUCAGCACAUUCAGAGGUCCUUCUCCUCUCCUGAUAGUCUGCAGAGACAGGCCAUGAUGAACAACAUGUGGCAGCUCCAGAUGCAGCAGCUCCAGGGGGUGAAUGGAUGCUUCCCAGCUGGUCUUCUGGGGCAGCCACCACCACAACAGCUACAGCCACAGAGUGGUGGAAGUGGUGGGUCCUGGCAACUGGACAGCUCCUCACAGCGAGGCAACAGGCAGGGGUACCAGCAGGACAGCAGCAGCCACUACGGCAGGGACCAGCGGUACCCAGGAGACUCUGAUGACACCGGCUCCAACCGCCACCACCGCAGCCAGCGAGAUGACCAGCGAGGUGAACACUAUAACCAUGACGACAGGAGUGGGAGCAGCGGAGGCAACCGUAGCAGAGAUGACAGGUGGAGGGACGGCUCCAGAGAUGGCCGGUGGAGACGAUACUGAAGCACUAUGGGAAUUUAAGAACAGAAUUGUGAAUAUUUUUCACUUUUUUUAAAGGACAUUUGAGUAUUUUACAGUUUUGUCACAAAAACAUUUUCAUGCUCGAAAUGCAUUUUUAUUUUUUACAAUUGGUUAGUCAUGUUUAGGAUGAUAUUGAAAAUAUUUAAAUGCACUGGACUGUGUCCAAGUAAACAAAAUAUUGAUUGGUUAUUUUACAUUUACUUGUGAGGUUUUCCACAAUUGUUUUAUUGUGAUUUUUUUAUUUUUUAUUAAUUGGAGAAAAAUAGAUUUUUAUACCGUCCCCUGGGGAAUUGUUAAAUCAUUCUACCCUAGUAGUUAUAGCUUUUUGAAGGCAAGGUUUGUUUGAAAAGAUUUGCUGUGUUUGUCAAGUAUUGAUAUUGUUGUGAACAAUUCCUUUUAUACAAGGUAUGGUGCUCAACUGUUUUUAGUGGGAAAUUGCUCAGGUAUUUAGUAAAAAAAAAAGUUUGGGAAUUAUUUUGGCAUGUUUCAGCUGUGUAAUCUAAUUCAACCAGCAACACUUACAUGCUGACCAGACCGGACACAUCCGCGAGAGUUGCAAAAUAAAUUUAGAAAUUGUGUUAUUCAAUUAUUGCACCCACACUGCUCGUGCGUGCCAAGGAGCGUCUGCGAUGCCAAGGGCUAAAAUAGAACUCCUUUCUAUUUCUGACACAGAUCGAGCUGAAAGUCAUGCCUCUCCCAUCUCAUUGGUUUAUAGAAGCAGGUACCCAUGUGCCAUCUCCUCAUUGGUUAUAUCCACGGGGGUGAUUGAAAGACAAACUGUUUUGCCGGUCGUCAUGGUAAUACUAUGACAGUUUAGAUGCCAAUCACCGUAUAAAUUCAAAGAUGAAAACACCUGGAAGGAGGAGAGAUGACUAGAAACGAUUCGGUUGGCUGUUUUAUGUGUGGAUUAAUUGUAGGAUUACAGGUAAAAUAACAACUCAAUGUUUAUAUCCCAGGACAAAUUAGCUAGCAAGUGCAAGCUAACUAGCUAAAUUGCCAUGCAUGUUUAAUGGUUUUCGACCUGUCCCCAAAUUAAUGUAAUUGGUUCAGAGUUUGUUUUGAUAUUUUAACCUGCGUGUCGUGAUCGCGUUUGCUGUAGGGGAACAAAAUUAAUUUAUGCACGAUGGCGCACAAGCUCAGCCGGUUUGGUUCCGUGUUACUCAGUAGGCUGAAAAUUGACUGGUUUUUAGAUUGUUACGUUAAAUGGAAAAUAGAUUUUACAUUAGUCUUUUUAUUAAUUUGAGAAUAGUAUUGUAAGAUACCCAACAGAUUCCAUGUACAUGUGAAACUAGAUCUUUUCAUGAAAUAUUAGCAUAAACAUUUGUCCACACACCUUUUGUGGCCUUCUAUUUACAGGAAAAGCAUUACAAUGAAAAUAUCAAUGAAAUGUUGACACAAAUGGUACUUUUUCCAUCCAAACGCAGUCCUACAGAAGUUAACUAUUGUAUGUUAAUGCUAUUACAUGCAGUUGUGCCCAAACUCAUGCCUUGCUUGUCUGCUCUCUCUAAAACUGGACCAUGUGUAACCAAUAUGCUUGUGCAGUGGGUUAGAAAGUAAUCUGCAGGUGGCGCCACACACACCUCUUUAUUGAAUCAAUUAGGAUGACAAAGAUAACCAAGCCAACUGAUGAUCUGUAGCCUACUCUGUCUUUAGAAUGCUCAUUCAAAUGACUGCUUGAGUUCUACAUAGUCAAGUUACACAAGGUAAAUAAUAGGAUCAAUAUGUAUAUUCUCUUUACAUUCAGUGUAACUUAGCUAUUGUCAAGAUGGUGGAACGAUCAUCUUGUUGACAUAGUCUAGAAGUGCCACUUUUUCAUCACUUGAGCAUCCACAUUCGGUAUUAUUUCUGACUUAUACAAACUUGGAAUCAUAGGCUAUAGCUCUAAAGCCUGGUUACCUUUGGAUAUAAUUUAAAACUAUUGUUCAGCCAUGGAAUUUGUUCCACUUUGGUCAUUGUUUCAGCCCAGGAUUGGGAUCUCAUGUUACAAUUAGUGGCCCUGCUGUAUGUGAUGCCCCUGUGUCGCCUGUACCAAGGGUUGCUUCCAACAAGUGCCUGCCGAAAUCCCUUAAAGUCCACGUUGAGGUCAUAAUGUACCCUUCCGAAAGUGCUUAGGCCGCUAACGGCUCCCGUUGUGUAUCAACAUGUACAUCCCCCAAUAAAGCUCUGGAUCCAAAAGUGGAGGUGCAUUUGCACCUACUACACUAA